AUGGGCUCUUGUUUCUCCUCUCACGGCGGCAGUAAUCGCCGUCAUCAUAUGAGCCCCGGCAUGGGAAUGGGCGCAGGCGGAUAUCCACCCCCGCGAAAACACGAGUUCGGUCCUGGCGCUGGACUGGGAGGAGGCUUUGGCACGGGGCCUGGAGGAUUUGGUGGCGGUGGACACCAUCAUCAUCAUCAUCAUCAUAAUCAUCAUCAUGGUGGUGGUGGUGGACUUGGUAUGGGAAUGGGUGGUCAUGGGCAUCAUGGUCAUCAUGGGGGCAUGGGACCUGGGUUUGGAGGCGGGCAUCAUGGAGGUGGGUUUGGUGGAUUGGGUGGAGGACACCAUGGCGGACAUCAUGGAGGACAUCAUCAUGGUGGAGGACAUCAUGGAGGGGGCUGGUAA